CACCAAUCCAAAGCCGAAUUCCAAGUCGGACCUGCUUCCCUAUACUGAUGUAUGUACCGCCCCUUGCUGCAGUUUGUCGGUGAUGCCACAAGGUCAAGGAUAAUUGAAGCCACAGCAAAAAAGCUUGUAGUAGUUUGCAGCUCAAACAAGAACUCGUUUCAUCUUUUGUUGCGACAUUCACAAUCAUCAUGAGUCAGCCCCGUCUUCCCCAAAUCCCAGCUGGCCAGCGUCCGCCGGAACGCGAUUUCUUUGCACCGCGCAGUGCCCCGGUGAAUGCGGGCGCCGCUGUUGUUGCUGCGCAGCCGAAUCCGAAGGUCUCGUACGCCAAUCCAUUAUCCAGCGACAUUUCGCAACAAGCGGGCUAUUUUCCGUCUUCCCCCUCGACGCGCGUGAGUAACAACACCACAUUGAUUCGCGACAGGAGUCGGCAAAGUCUCGGUGGGCAGUCGCAGUCCAGCUACCAAAAUGCGAGCACUGCGUCCCCCACACUUGUGGCCGCCGCGACUGGACAAGGUGGUGGAUCGGCGUCCUCAAGCAGCCUGCCACCGCAGCACAUGCUCGGUGAGCAACAGGCUCUCGGCGCUCCACCGUCUUACCUCAACUACAACACCUCCUCGCGGCACACAGAGCUGAAGAUCCUGGACGACCAAACGAGAUUGCUGAAAGCGCGGCAGGAGGACCUGGAGCGGGCGUGCCUGACUUCGGUGAAAAAAUGCGAGCGGGACGUGGAGGAGCGGUCGAACCAGCUAAAGCGGCAAGUCGAGGCGGUGCACACGAUUGUGCGGGAGGACGUGCAGACGAAGUUGAAGAACCUCGAGAACGAGACCGCCCGCAGCAAGCGGUUUGUGACGAAGGAGGUCGAGGCGUUGACGGAGGAACUGGUGGAGCUCAAGAAGAAUUUGCUGAGUGCGGACCCGUGGAACAACCGCACGCGCUUCUACCAACUGGAAGAGCAGGUGCGAAGCCUCGUUGCGGGUAGGAGCAAGUGCAAGUUGCCCGGGGGUGGGGAUGGUAAGUAAAAAUGGUUCAAGAUUUGUGCUUGACGUGAUAGCUUCUACUGUGUGAAGUAGAAACUGCCCACCUUUAUAACUUCGUAUGAGUCCUCGUGUGCAACGUAGAUCAAACCACCCUACAGGCCCCGCCGACGACGACCAGCAGCAUUCACCCACCGCAGCUUCCCCGUAUUCCGCCCGCGCGUCGGCGCGCAAGCAUAAGACGAUCCGGGAGGAGCGGGCGGAGACCCAAAAAUUGCACGACAUGAUCGACGACGCGGUGGCGAAGGUCGAAAUCAGCGCGAUCGAGAAGAUCAAGCGCCUCGAGGAGGAGCAGCGGCGGAAAGAAAUCGAGAUGAUGGAAAAGUACGAAGUCGUCCUGAACGCGGUGGUGAACGAGUCCAACAAGGCGGUCGCCAACCGGAAGUCCAAGCAGCUGGCCUCGGAGAUCCUGAACGACGCCGCCAUCGAGCGCUCCGCCGGCACGGGGGAGUCGCUGGUGGCGCAAAACGAGAUCAACCGCCAGCAGUUUUUGAAGUUGCAGGACGAAGUGCUGCAGCUGAAGGCGUUUGCCGUGAACGUGAAAGAGGAGGAGAAGCACGAUUUGCACAAGCUGAAACAGGACUUCGACGAGCAGCUGGAGGUGCAGGAGAAGCUGAAGAAGAAGGAGCUGCAGGAGCUCUGGUCCGAGAAGAACGCUUUGGCGAAGGAAGUGCAGACCAUGGCGGAGAAGAUGCAGGAGUCUCUGAUGUUUCUCGCCAACGCGGCGAAGAACAAGGAGGAAGUCACGAAGAACCAACUGAUGGACCAGUGCUACACCAUGCAGACGGUGCACCAGAACGAGUUCCGGGUGUUGCUGAAGAAGCUUGACUCGGUGAAAAACGAAGAGAAAACGGACAAGCACUCUUUGUUGGCGGAGAUCGAAAAGGUCAUGUCCAUGUGCGUGUCGCUGUCCGCCUACGCGAUAUCAACUGCAAAAAUCUCUGGGUCUGGAUGAAGAAUGCAAGACUUGUCAUGCAGGUGGUUUUCCAUGACGCGUGAGGUCUGUCAUACAUGACCCAGCAUGACAGAUUCUCCUCGAGCUCUAUCAUGCCUCUUCUGCAUGAGAAACUCCCUCUCAGCUUGGUCAAAAGUGGACAGCUUUUGGUAAUCAUGCAACACAGAAGAUCCUUGCACUAUCCAGAAUUAGCAUGAGGGCAUUGAGCACCCCCAGGGCUUUGCGGCCCCCUCUUUUUCGACGCGUUCGGACUGAGGAUUGUUACCUUUUUACAGCUAUCGCCUCGCUUUGCAUCUCUUGCAAUCGAGGUGGUGCUGACACUCGUUUUUAUAUCCGCAAACAAAUAUCUGACAUCCAGCAGCAGCACGUGAAAAGUAUUUUGCUCUUUUGUCGCCAAAGCGAGUAUCUCGAGGUGCCGCACACCUCUCGCUCUAGUGCUUCUUGUUGAUUACUUCUUGUUUCUUUCGGUCGCGCAUGUGUUGCUGCAACCCGCUCAGAGUCUUCUCUUUUGCAUGCGACUCUGCAGCACUCACGCAUAAACAUUUGCAUGCAGCUCCCAAGUCUAACGACUUACUAGGUUGCACGCACAUCCGAGAUCGCGAGGGCGAAGAGGGGGUCUCCAAGCCGAAAAAAACUAAGCAGCAUCACCUCAGGGUUCCAGGGUUCCAGAAUUAGCAUGACAAGUUGGAUUCUUCCAGAGGACCCAGACAUAUUUGCAAUGCAUACGCGAACGACGUGAACAACCGACUGCAGGAGGCGCGUUCGGACCUGUCGAAAUUGGUGGACGAAACCGACGCGAAAGUGGUGACGCGAAGCCGGGACCACGAAACCCGGGUCAAAGAAUGGGUCAACGCGAAAGUGGCCGACGUGGAUUCCCGGCUGAAGGACCUCCUCUCCCGCUACGAGCAGACCUGUGUGGCCAUGGGGAAGCUCGACGGAAAUGUUGAAAAGGGGAAUUUGGGUACAGCUUUUUUCUUUUGUUCGACCAGCAUUUUUCUUUUUCAGGAGUUCAACGUGAAGACAUGAUUGAAAGCGCAACGAAUGGCCAAAUCAACAUGUUAACACGACUCACUCCGACGAAAUAUAUGACACACACGCCACCUAGAAUUAAACUCUGUAUGCAAUGAUCACGUUCAUAUUCAAGAACAUCACAAACCCAUACGACAGCCUGGAAGGAGCGUUUCCAGAACCUGGAGCGGACGACGGAGCAGAAGUGCAACGCGGUAGAGAAGCACACGGAGAAGAAGAUGCAGUUGCUGGAGUUUGAGGUGCGAUCCGCGGUGAACACGUCGAUGCUGGACAUGGAGGAGAAAGUUUCCAAAAACAUCCAGCAACAGGAAAAGAACAACAAGUCUUUUCGCAAGCUGAUGACCCACGAGCUGAUCGACAAGACGCGGGUGAUGUUCGCCACCGGUCUGCAGGAGGCCGAAAACAACCUGAUGCUGAAACUGGAGGAGAACCGCAACCGCAUCGACACCGUGCAGAUCGACCUGCAGCAGAUGCUGCGCGAGAAGAUGCUGGAUCUGCAGGAGCGGAUUUAUCGGUUGGCGGACGAGGCCGCGAUCGCCCUCGCGCGGUCGGAGACGGAGCUGAACCGGAAGCUCGAGCGUGCGGAGAAUGACCUGCUGAACAAGUGCGACACCCUGACUGAGAUCACCAGCGACUUGCGGCAGCUGAUCGAGGACUCGGUGGCCAAGACGCUCGACGAGGCCAAAACGUUGACGUACGAUGUGAAAGACGAGCUGGAGGCGCGGAUCUUGUACGAGAAGAAGGCGAUGAUGGAGGAAGUGGACCGGCUGCUGAAGCAAGAGCAGAUCGACCGCAUGAAGCAGGAGGCCGAGCGUCUGUUCGGCAUUCAGAAGAGGCUGACCGCCUUCGAGGAGCACGUCAACACGGUGUUGAACAAACUGUCGCAGGAUUUCGAGCUGCGACUGCAGCAGGAGCGCGACGCGCGGCAGAAAAACUGCGGGGAAAUCGACCAGCGGGCGGUGGACCUGUCGGACCGCGUGAACCGGAUCGACAACAAGCACGAGGACUUUCAGAAGAAGAACGAGGAAAAGGAGUACGCGCUCGGGGAGGGGGUGCUGGAGGUGCUCCGCAUCCGCGAGAUGGACCAGGACGACUGGCAGAAGCGGCUCAACCUGGUUAUGGCGUUCUCAAAUGUUACAUUCUCAACUGUAUACGUGAUUUGUCAUGCAUAAUGAGCACUAACGCCCACACGGUGAAGCUACUUCGCAUGACAAAUUUUGGAAGGGCUAAGCAGCGCCUAAAUCUGUGCGAAAUUUGUAAUGCUAAAGGUGCAAUCUCCCGCCUUUGACUUUUGCCAUUCUAGCAUUACAAAUCUAUGUAACAGUUGAGAAUGUAACGUUUGAGAGCCCCAUGCUGGUCCUGGACCACUUGCGCGACUCGUUCGACAAGAUGGGCUAUCAAAUGCAAAAAUGUCUGGAUCUGGAAGAUUGCGAGAUUUGUCAUGCAUAUUUUGCAUGACCCGUGAAGUCUGUAAUGCAUGCACGAGCAUCACAGAUUUUUACAGGACGUUGUGAUGCCUCUGCUGCAUGAGAAAUGCCCUCUCCGUUUAGCCCAAAUAACUGGAGUCCUUUUGUGCUGGUCACGCAAUACAAAUUUUUUUUGAAUCCAGAGACAGCAUCACAAGUUUAGAAUCUUCCAAAUCCAGACGCUUUUGCAAUUCAUAUGGGCGUGCGGGUGUUCGAGGGCGACGAGAAGGUGAGUGACUUCAUGAGCACGAAGAUCACGAAGGCCGACGAGCAGCUGGAGCAGAACAUCGAGUCCGUGAAGACCUCCAUUGAAGCGUCGAACAAGCAACUGCAGAGCGGCAUCGACGGGUUGGAGCAGGAGAAGCAGAAAAUGAGCGGCACGAUCGAGGUGCUGAAGCUGGAGAAAAACGCGAUCAACUCCUCUAUCCAGGAAAAAACACCCAUCCCCAUCCAAUUUGUCAUGCAAAACAUGUACAAAGUCCACUAUUUGUCAUGCAAAAAAUGGAUGGGGAUAGGUGUUUUUCUUUUUUCCUGGAUAUCCUCCCUGGAGGAACUAAUCGAGAAGUACCAGCUCUCGGUGGAAAAGCAGGAAGCGCAGAACAGCGAGCUCGAGCAGAAACUCGAAGCGCAGGCGCUGGCGCAAACGGAGAAAUUGGAAGAGACCAACACGCAGCUCACCGAGCAGCUCACCGCGGAGAUCGAGGCAUUGAAGGAAGCCCUGGCGGCGGAGAAGGAAGAAAAACAAACCGUCAUCGACGAACUGAAAGCCGAGUUGGGCACCGAGAAGGAGCAAAGCGAAAGAAAAGUGGAAGAGUUGCGAGCCGAAUUUGCGACUGAGCUGGAGAAAAUGCGGGCCGAGCUGGCGGCGGAAAUUACGAAGGAGGCGGAAGCCAAUCGCGAGCAGAUCGCCGCGGUUGGUGCGGCUGCCGCAGCUGCUGCAAGCGCUACGACUCCUCCUGCAGCCUCGCCUGCUGGUGCGGAGGAAGAAGUAGAAAAAGAACCCACAGCGGAAGCCAACGAGCCUGAAGCGCCUACGGAAGCAGCGGAGAAGCCGGACGAGGACGAGGAGUAGGUAAUUGCAAGCUUCGCCGGUGGUGUAGUUAGAAGUAAAAGUAUUUUAUUAUUGGACACAGAGGUGAACAGAUACUGAACAAAACAUGACAUGAUUCAACGUCGAGACCAGGCCAUCACUCUUCACAUUCAUGCCCACCUUCUGAAGAUGACGACUGAACCGAUGCAUUCGAUUUCCAUUUCCGAACCCAGGAUCGUCGAUUUAUGUCGAUGAAGUUUUGCCAUUGCCAGCCGCUGCAAACUGUUGAAAUUGAAAAUGAAUGUUGAAAAAUGAGAGAAGCUGGUGAUAGAUUGAUUACCGCCACACGUCGACAAACAAUCACAACGAGAAACACAAAUUGAACAGCUUUUCGUUUUCUGUAUGAUUCUACACUGAGAAU